GACGUCUUGUCAGAAAGUUUGUGGCCUUUUGUGGCGUUCUGUGAAGCAUGAAUAAAUACUCAUUUUAAUUAUAUUAAUAAGGAAUAUUUUGCUAAAGAAAUGGCAAAAUGGAUCCAAGUACAGUUUUUACGGUGUUUGGAAUUUUUGUCAUCUCUCUUUUAGUCUUCUUUGUGUGCAAACAUUGUUGCUGCUCUUCAGAGGAUUCUGAAGUGCCCAUUCAUCAUUCCAAUCUCGUUGUCACAUCUUCCCAACACAUCCCUCUCAGUGAGCCUGGCGCUGGGAAUCCGCGACAGCCUGCUAUGAGUCAAGGUCAUCAUAUUGGUUUCACUGCUGAUGUGCGUGGAGCAGCAAAUAUUUCCCGAGACGUUCAGAAUCCCAGAUCUAUUCCGGCAGGCAAUCCAACUGCACCUCCUGAAUCUCCAUCUUCACCAAGUGACAUGAGUCCACCCUCUUAUGAUGCAGUUAUGCAGAAUGAAGCUCUUUACAAGUGUCCGGAAAAGCCGCCUAACCUGCCAAAGAGCAGUUGAAUGCGGAUCAUUUCCAAGAAUAUUGGUGCCAUUGGUGCUCUUAUAUGAUUAAGGAGAAAGUUUACCUCAUUUUAAAUCCUAGUAUCUCGAUUUUAAGAAGUCUAUUCUCGACAGUAUUCAAAUUCGACCAGGAAGUUUGGUGUGUUGUCAAGAAACACCCACAUUUCUUCAUUACCAUCGAGAUUAUCCCAGUUUAUUGACGAUGUUCAGUUCACAAAUUUUUUGCGACUUGCGUGGAGAAUGAAUUCUCAAGUAAUAUAUUUUUUUAUGCAUUCUUGUUCAUGAUGAAAAUAUGAAUGAAUCGCAUUAAGUUCUUAGAUAAACUCUCAUACGUCGAUCAUGUAUUCAAAUACAGGUGAACAAGGACAAAUGUACAAUUAUAGCUUGCUUUUACUAUUUAUACAAUAGUUGAAUAAAUUUUGGAUGUUUAUAUUAAAAGAAAACUUUACUUACUGAAGCCAAAGGCGCUGAACAGGAAGAAGAAUGCUUCGAAUUGAUUAAAAUCUCCAAAAUAGGAU